CAGCUGCUGCCCUCUGCCGAGCUGACGUGGCGAGAGUCGAAAAUGCUUGUGUGUAAACAUUCCUUGAGAUAAAAGUCGUAUUUGAGGUCCAUUUUCACGUCAAAAUGAUAUCCUUGAGGACAUUACUGGUCGUAUUUAACCUGUUCUUCGUUGCUGUGGGUGAUGAACACACACAUACGUACAAAGACUUGGAAGAGGUGGUACUAUGGAUGAACACAGUAGGGCCAUAUCACAACAGGCAGGAGACCUACUCAUACUUCUCCUUGCCCUUCUGUGUGGGGCCCAAGGAGAAGAUUUCCCACUACCACGAGACACUGGGGGAAGCUCUACAGGGGGUGGAACUCGAAUUCUCAGGGUUGGACAUUGACUUCAAGACUGAUGUGGCUAAAACUGUAUAUUGUGAGGUAGAGCUGGAUGAAGUUCGACUCAAGACUUUUGUUUAUGCUGUGAAGAACCACUACUGGUACCAGAUGUACAUCGAUGACCUUCCAAUUUGGGGCAUAGUAGGCGAAAUUGAUGAGGCCAAUGAUGCCUACUACAUCUGGACACACAAAAAGUUUGAUCUGGGCUAUAACGGCAACCAGAUUGUAGAUGUGAACCUGACCUCAGAGUCCCGGCAGAAGCUGGAAUUGGGGGCCAAGAUUAAAUUCACCUAUGAGGUCAACUGGAAGAAGUCCGGGGUCAAGUUUGAAGACCGCUUCGACAAGUACCUUGAUCCAAAUUUCUUCCAGCAUAGGAUUCACUGGUUCAGCAUUUUCAACUCUUUCAUGAUGGUGAUCUUCCUGGUGGGUCUUGUAUCCAUGAUCCUCAUGCGUACCCUGCGUAAGGACUAUGCUCGCUACUCCAAAGAUGAGGAAAUGGAUGACAUGGAACGAGACCUUGGUGAUGAGUAUGGCUGGAAACAGGUCCAUGGAGAUGUCUUCCGCCCCCCAUCGCACCCCAUGCUCUUCUCAGCGCUUGUGGGCUCGGGCUACCAGAUGCUUACCGUCACCUUCCUCGUCAUCCUCCUUGCCAUUGUUGGUGAACUGUAUACAGAACGAGGAUCUAUGGUCAGCAUUGCCAUCUUCAUCUAUGCUGCCACAUCACCUGUAAACGGUUACUUUGGAGGCUCAUUAUAUGCGCGAAUGGGAG